AUGAAGUCACAAGAUAAUAAUUGUACAAAUAAUCACCACGUAACAAUUAUUGAUUUUUCAAAAGAGUUAGAUGAAGAUCAAAAAAGGAUCUUUAAAAAAGUUUUUGUCCAUUGUAUAAGAAAAUAUGAUAAAUUUCAUAAUGGAAUUGUGACAGCAGAAAAUUUCUGUAAUAGUAUAAGAGAUGUUGAUAUAAUUCUGCGUUCACAAGAUAAUCCUUGGAAAGUUUAUAUUGAAGGAUCAAAAAAAUGCUCAGUUUCUUGUCCUGCCUUAAUACCAAUAAUGAACCUAGUAAAAAUUACAGAAGAUAAAUAUGUUAACUGUAAAUUAUUAUAUUUGGAUGUUGAAAGAAUGGAAUCAGUAGUUAAAAUUAAAAGUUCUUAUGAUGGUUCUUCAAAAGUAAUAGCUCAUAUAAGAAAGAGAAAUUUAGAAAAAGAUUCAGUUAGUUAUUUAGUAAACUGCCCAGAAAUAUUUUUACAAGAUUUAUACCCUCCAGCAUUAUAUCCAAAUACACAUAAACAUGAUAAGUUUAACAAUAUAAUAGAAGAAAGAAAUAAAAAAACUACUUUAAGGGCAUUGGCGCCAAAUAAAUUAAGUGAUUUUAGAAAAUUAUAUUCAAUGUGGGAUAGAUGCAUGUUAUCAGAUUCUGAUUUUUUUUAUCAUAUGAGCGCUAAUUUAGGUAUUGUAAAUAUUCCAGAAGAAUUUAAAUAUUUAGUAGCUACAAAAGGACCAAGUAGGACAUUAAGUUUUAAAGAUGCAAUUUGUGCACUUUUUAUAAAUGAUAUUGAUUCUCAAAGACGAUAUAGAAAAGUUUAUGAAUAUACAAAUAUAUUUGAUAUACCUAUAGAGACAUUUAUUGAGAAUAAUAAAGAUAUAAAUAUAAAUAUUGGGGAUAAAGAGAUAAAAGAACUUUAUAAUAAUGAGGUUAAUAAAUUAAUAUCUAAUUAUAAUAUAAAUAAAAGGGAAUCACUAGAUAAAGGAUAUGGAACAGAAAUAUAUUUACAAAGAAAUCCUUAUCCUAUAGUAAACUCUACAAUAGAAAAUAGUAAUUAUAUUGACAAUUUAAUAAAAGAUAAGUCUAUAAGUACUCAAAAUAUAGUAGGGAAUUAUCCAGAAAAUUCAAAUAUAACAAUUAUUCCUGAAGAUAUAAAAUUAAUAUUAAGAAAUUGUGUAGAUGGUCAAACAUCUUCAAAUGUUGUUCGUUAUGCUCUAAAUUUACAUGGAAUCCCUAUAACAACCAAAUUGGAUCUCCUUUUACGUAGGAAUGAUGAUGGUGGCACUACUUCUUUUACAUCAUUUAUGAAAGAGAUCUACAAGUCAAUAAAGCGGUAA